AUGCAACUAGCAGCAAAGCCGCUGCUCCUCCGUCCAAAUCCACUGCCGGGACUGAGAAUGCUAACUUACGCCUCUCCCCUAUGCAUUUUCGUACACCCAGACAACAACGGUGGUUUUCCGGACCGCGCAAUGAGACCCGCCGCCACCCGCGACACCUCAUAUUGCAAAAACCCAAAUCUCUCCAUACUUUCAAAUUCAAAAACUGGGCUCUCAAAUUCCCAGAAUUUCCCCCAACUCCUCUCUCCAAUUAAGUGUUUCUCCUCCUCCUCCUCAGCAAUGAACGCAAUACCUAUUUCAAACUCACUUGAACCGAAGAUUGGGAACACUGAAGCUUCCAACGACGUCGUUCCUGACUCGCUGCUGUCGCCUUUGGUGGUUGUUUCAUUCUACAAAUUUGCUGAUUUUCCGGACCACGCUGAUUUACGGAAGCCUCUCAAGGAGCUUUGCGAACGACUGCGCGUUUCAGGUGGCAUCAUUCUUGCUCCAGAAGGAAUUAAUGGGAGUAUAUGUGGAACUCGCGAUUCGGUGGAGAAUGUACUUUCAUUUAUUCAAGCAGAUGAUCGCCUGAAGGGUGUUCGACGGGUGGAGACACCUGUAAGUCCUGAGGAGGAAGCUAUUCAUCAUGGACACAUGAGCGCUUCUCCUCUUGCAGCUGGAGAAGAUGCUCCUUUCAGAUGGGAUCAUGUGAGAGUGAAGUUGAAAAAGGAGAUUGUUACCCUUGGCAUGCCUUCUGUCUCGCCAAUUGAAAGAGUCGGGGAGUAUGUUAGCCCCAGGGAUUGGAAUGCACUUGUUAGCGAUCCUGACGUUGUGGUAAUUGAUGUUCGUAAUGACUAUGAAACUAGAAUUGGAAAGUUUAAAGGAGCAGUUGAUCCAUGUACUACAGCCUUCCGAGAUUUUCCAUCUUGGGUGGAGGAUAGAUUUGGGAUUGCCGAAGGUGUUGAUCAGGGUGAUACAGUUACUUCGGAUGGAAGCAUGGAAGCUGCAUCAAAGGGGAAGGGGAAACUACCUAGAGUGGCAAUGUAUUGUACUGGUGGAAUUCGGUGUGAGAAAGCUUCAAGUUAUCUUCUGAGUAAAGGUUUUGAGGAGGUUUAUCAUCUGAAAGGGGGAAUCUUGAAAUAUCUUGAGGAAGUUCCCAAGGCUGAGAGCCUGUGGGAGGGAGAAUGCUUUGUGUUUGACAAGCGAGUGUCAGUUGAACAUGGAUUAGUUCAGGGCACUUUCAAACUCUGCUAUGGCUGUAAGCAACCCGUGAGUGAUGCAGAUAUGGAGUCACCUGAGUGGGAAUACGGGGUAUCCUGUCCAUACUGCUACUCAUCAAAAUCAGAAGAAGAGAAAGAGAGGGCUCGAGCUCGGCAAAGCCAGUUUGAGAGAUGGGGAAUCAUUGGUGGUCCAGAUAAGGGCCGCCGACCAACAAGUCCAGUUGGGAGGUCCGAGCAGAAAUCAAAUUCUGCAUAA